UAAUGAAUUUUAUUGAAGGCCCAUGUCUGAUUCUGGUCCAAUAGGCCCAAAAAGCUUCACCCUUUUCAAGGUUUCAGUCUCUGGAAUUGGAACUGAUUCUGAUUGAAUUUGGGAUUAGGGUUUAAGGGUUUUUGGGAAAUGGAGGCCAGGAAGCUUUUGAAAGACAAGAAAUUCUGGAUUGCAUCAUUCCUGAUUGGAUGGGCUGCUGCUCUUCAGGGGCACAUGAUGUGGCUGCAGAGACAAGACUCCUUCAAGGAGAAGUUUGGGGAUCUCAGUGAAGCCAAUACCAAUGAUGCUGAUAAUUAGCUUCUAAGCUUUGAGCCAUUACCAUCAGAAUUGUAUGUAAACAAUUCCCAAGUUCUGUUCUUUUCAAUCUGUGUGAUUGGUUUCUGAGUUGCAUUGUGUAAUUGGGAGGGAGUAGUCUGAUUUUAGUUGUGAAGUUUUAGUUUGUGGAGGUAUCCACUGUGAUGUAGAAAUAAAAGUUGUGGGUGUAUAAACUAUAAAGGGAAACAAAGCUGCAUAUUGACAGGAAAAUUGUGCCUGCUGCAACUUUUGCAAAACUGAUCACGGAUUCUGUUACUAUAGUGAUAGUAUUUGUGUACUUUAGUGUUACUGCUUGGCACUAUUUUGAAUUUUAUUGAAGCAAUUCAUGUAACUGUCUACUUCUA